AUGCUGGAGCGUCUGUGGCUGUCUGGUAUCUGUCACAAUGAUAAGAUUGAAGUGAUGAGCAGUAAGCUGGACAUAGACAACAUGGCGGGUGUCUUCUACAUGCUGCUGGUGGCUAUGGGGCUCAGUCUGCUGGUAUUUGCCUGGGAGCACCUGGUCUACUGGAGGCUCAGACACUGCAUGGCUACCAGCUCUGGGAGACUGGACUUCCUACUGGCCAUCAGUAGGGGCAUGUACAGUUGUUGUAGCUUUGAGGAUGAAACCACGCCGGGCAGGGCCAAAUCCUCCAUGGCUAUGCUACCCCACCAUCAUGGCACCAUGGUAACAAUCCCGCCCCCGCCACACUUGGUCAGUGCGUCAUCAACCAACCCGGCCCUGACCAUGGCGCAGCAGCAACAGUCACAGCCCGUCUACAAAACACAACUACCUGGAUCCCCUCCCACCGUGGUGCAUUCUGGGACGGCGCUGGGGCCCUCCAACACUCCCAUGCUGGGGGCGCCCCUGCCCUGCUCCACAUUCCUCCCCCGGACCGAUCGCAGACUGGCCGUGGUGGACCGCUGGAGGCUGCCCAAGGCCGGGACCGCCACCAACCCCAUGGCCGUCCGCGGGGCCGUCGCAGACAUGGGGCCCUUCCCCCAGAAAGUGGCUCCGACCUGGGGCACGACAGCUGGAGGAGUGGGGGUUGGUGGUGGUGGUGGUGGGGGGCUGGAUGGAUAUAAACGCUACUAUGGACCCAUCGACCCUGAGGGUCUGGGGCCCUGUAUGGACCAGCCGGCAGGGUCCCAGACCCCCAAAACAGGGAAGGGAGGGGUCAAACCUUUGGGGACGCCUCGGCUGCCUCCUAAAAGCCAAGCCGUGGGCGUGACCCCAGUCCCUCUGCCCACUAACCCCCCGCUGCCACAACCCUCCCCCCCUCUCCCCUCAUCCUUUUGGAGGAAGCGCCGGCCCAAGAAGCCCAAAGAGCCAGGCGGGCCUCUGUAUGAGAACAUCCUACCACUGGGGCGCAGGGGAGGAGGAAGGGAUGGAGCGAGGGACGGUGGAGGGAGGAGGGGACGCCCCCUCUCUCCUCCUCUCCCGCUCCCCGUAACCAUGCCCAUGUCCCCCACCUACACUCCCCCUUCCCCCUCCACCUCACUCCCCUACACCAGCUCAACUUCCUCCUCUUCCUCUAACACAUUGUCCACCUCUUCCUCUACCUCCUCCUCUCGCUCCUCCUCUCCUUCCUCCUCCUCCUCCUUGACCUCUCAGAGCACGCGGGAAGGUUUGGACGCAGAGGAGGAUGAUGAGGAUGAGGAGCUGACCGAGGAGUCCAGUCUUCUCCUGGGGAGGGGGAGGGACAGACAGCGUUCAAUUAUCUCCUCUCGCUCCCUCAGUCACGGGCGCCAGCCACCACCUAUACCACCCCGAAAACCACGCCCUGCCCGAGGGGAGAGAGACAGGGAGAGGGAGAGAGGAGGUAGCCAGUUGGCCCAGUUACAGGAGUGGUGGGCGGGCUGGGGUGAGAGAGAGAGGGAUCGCAGUGGAGGAGGAGAUGACGAGAGGAAACGAGAGAAGAAGAGGAGGAAAGAUAAAGAGAAGAAGAAAAAGAAGAAGAAGAGGAAAAAGAGGGAGGAGAGGGAACGAGAGAGAGACAAAGAGAGGAAGAGACGGAAGGUGAAAAAGAAGCGGAAGAAGAAGGCGCUGAAGACGAAGAAGAGGAAGAAAUCGACUGGGCGUUCCGAGCAAGAAGAGGGGGAUGUGGAGGCAGAUAGGGAGGGAGAGGGGGAUGGAGGGAGAGAAGGAGGGAUGCCAGACUACUCUUCCUUUCCAACCCAUAAGCGCUACCCCAAACUCCCCGCCUCGGUCAAGUUCUGGGUGAGCGGAGGAAACGGGGAAGGGGGGGACCCCAACUCUGGAACACACCCCUCAUCCCUCCCUCCCCUCAUCCCACUCUCCAAGAGGCAGAGGAGUAGAGGGGUGGAGAGGAGGGAGGGAGGGAGAGAAGGAGAGAAGAGGCCUCUGUUGAUGCACUAUGAGAAAGGCAGGGCUAACACCCAGGAGGGGCUCUCCUUCCAUGAAGAGAAAGGGGGCAGCAUCAACAGCAGAGACGACUCUAUACUAGGGCGAGUGGAGGGCAGGGGCAGGGCGGGGGGAGAUUCUUGGGGUUCAGGGCCAGGAGUAGGGUGGGCGUCAGGGGGAGGGAGUGGAGGUCUGGGGUCCCAGUGGCCCCCCCCUCCAGCAAACCUCCCGCCCCCCCGACGGUACUGGUCUGUGGACAAACUCCCAAUGAAGGGAGAGAAGAAGUGGAAAAGGGGAGGAAGGGGGAAGGGCAAGGGACACGCACGAGACAGAAACCAGGGGUCUGGGGUGUCAUGUUCAUGUAGCCAGUACCCCCACCCCCAUGUGCACCCGCACCCCCAAGGGCGGUCACACGGCCAUGGGAAGAGAGGAAGCACGGCCCUGUCCCACAGCCAGGAGGAGCUGCUCCCCCACUGCCACAGCUUCAGUGGGGGCUCACGGCCCAAACUCCCUCCCAAACCAGACCAGGGCCAGGCCAAGUCAGGCAGCCAGGCAAGCCUCAGCACACAGCAGCCAGGAGGGAUAGUGGACCACCCCCCUCAGCCCUCCCUCUCGCCCCCUCAACCCCUACCUAGUGCCCCUUCCUCAUCCUCCUCCCUGCCGGUGCCCAUCCCUCCUCCUCCCUCCACGUCCUCUGCCUCGGCCAGUGCUAAGCUCCUGUACCAGAGACUACGGUCAGUGCCUCAGCCCGGGCGCUUCUACUCCCCCCACCUGCCACUCAAGGCCAAGAGCCUAUGCUCCCGACGAGGCUCCGCCCAUUUCUCCAGCCUGGAGAGCGAGGUAUGA